AACGUUAGGCCUUGGCUUUAGCUGAGCGGCCACCCAUCGCAACCCAUCCGGUCGGUCACCGCUGCAGACCCCGAUGGUUAUGACAUUGUUCCCCCGAUGAGAGCGAGCUUGGAAGCUUAGGCCCCGCGGUUAACUGAGCGAGCUUGGUGCCAGACAAGAAAGGUUUCACCACUGAUCAUUCAGGAUGGGUGUCUUUGAAAAAUGUCAUAUCGUGUUUGAUCUUGAUGCGAUCAAAGUCAGCUACAAGAUCCGUCAGGGAUUGAAGGCAAAGAUUACCAAUCAGAGUGGAAUAGUGGCAUAUUCACUCAAUAAUAAGACAACUCACAUGAUCGUUGAUGAAAGCAAAAGAAGGGGGUUCUCACAUAAAUGUAGCAAAGCACAGAAGCUUAACAUUCCCAUCGUCAGCGUAUCUUACGUGGACGACUGCGUUGCUGCAUCUCGACUACUCAAUCCUACUCCAUACCUGGUCGUUGACACUCAGGCCCAGUCUAGGUUUGGUCAUGGAAAGAUAUCAGGUAUUCGCCAAAGGAAAGACAAAGACUCGAUCAUCAAAAAGAGAGCGCUUCAUGUGGAUUUACAUUCUGUGAGGGUGUAUUCAUGGAAUGACCCAAAAGCUCCAGACUUUCCAUCCGAAGGACAAUAUCUUGUAGCUAGAAGUCUUCUUCUCGAUAGUGUGAAGGAGGAGAAGAAUGGUAAACAUAUCUUCUACCAGUUAGAGUUACAUGCUGUAAAGAAGGAUAAAGGAGAGAGAAUGGAUACCCAGGCGGGCAAUGAGUUCAUGUAUCGGGUGUUUUCACAUCAUGGUAAUGUGAAUGAACUGAAGGAUGAAGAGAGUGGCGUAAGGGAGUGUCGAUACUUGAAGACAAGCCAAGCCGCUGUUGAUAUCUACCGUCAGUUAUAUGAGCAACGUAUCAAGCCGCCCUGGAAGAUGAAACGGUGUAAGAAGAUGAUUUCUAGGUGGAUUGGAUCUCCGACAUUUAGAAAGGAUUCCUUUGAUGCGGGUUAUUUGGCUGGUGAGAAGCUUUCAUCGGAUUUAGUAGCCCUUGUGGAGCAGAUAUGGAUGGAAGCCAUAGGUCAUCUCAAUGACAUACUCUCAUGUCCCAUGGAUAGGGUGUCACGUGACCAGGUUGAGAAAGGCGAAUGCAUUCUCCUGCAGAUCAAAGAAGGAUUAGACGCAAAUAGAAGUCAAGCCGUUCUACUCAAGCUGAGUCAUGAGUACUAUGAUAAGAUUCCGCAUAAGAAGCAGCCUAUUUUGAAGACUAAACAGGAUAUCACAAGAGAGCAAGGACUCUGUCAGUUGCUUAGUGAUGUGCACAGCGUCUGUGAGGCCACUGAUUGGUCUAUGCGAGGGAGUACAGAGGCCAAGUAUCGUACUCUCCGCUGUCAUAUGGAACUCCUAACAUCAGAAUCGGCAGAGUAUGAGCAGAUUUCAAAACAGAUCCAAGACAGCUUGACGGGGGGCAAUUCCAUCGAGGUGAAAAGGAUCUUUGCCGUUGAACGAUUUGUAGAAAGUUCCAACUUUGCUCAUCACCUUGGCAACAAGAAGCUUUUGUUCCAUUCCUCCAAGCCAUCCAACUUCUUAGGUAUCCUUUCAAGAGGGUUGCUGAUGCCUAAGAUAGUGGUUGAUGAUUUAGGUGUCAGCCGGACAGACGCUGGCAUGCUGGGACAUGGAAUCUACUUUGCUGAUAGUGCCAGCACCAGCGCAUGUUACUCUGUCCAAAGCAAACUGAGUAAUAGUCGGUUUCUGAUGAUAUGUGAGGUGUCCUUAGGCAGAUGCCAUGAAGUCACUAAAUAUCACCCAGACCUCGACCAACCUCCAAGUGGCUUUGAUAGUGUCAAGGGUUUAGGAGCCGUAGCUGGACAGAUAGCUUCCGAUUUUAGUGCUAACGAGUUUACCAUCUACAAUGUGAACCAACAACGAUUGAGAUACUUGGUUGAGUUCACUCUGCCCGAGGAUCAGACUGACACUCCUUCAUCGUUCAUCCCCGAUCUUCCAACUGUUCCCAUGGAAACGGAUGACACCAAAGAGCAACCAAUACCUCCACCUGUUGAAAUGAAAGAUGUACUGGCAGUCCCUAACCCUAAUGAUAAGGUUGUAAGUGGUUUACAAAGUACAUCCAGCAAGCCUAUUCCUCUCAAGAACGUAUGCGUCCGAGCAAAGAUGAUGGACCUAGCAGCCCAGGUCGUCAUCUUCCAGGAGUAUGACAACGUGAACCGGGAGUCCAUCGAAGCCAAGUAUGUAUUCCCCCUGGAAGACAGUGCCGCCGUGUGUGGGUUCGAGGCAUUCAUAGGAGACAAGCACAUAGUGGGUACGGUCAAGGAGAAAGAACAGGCUCAUAAGGAAUACAAGGAAGCAAUCAGUAAGGGGCAUGGAGCAUAUCUCAUGGAUGAAGAAGCACCAGAUGUGUUUACUGUGAGCGUGGGCAAUCUGCCUCCGAAGGUCAAGGUUGUGAUUAAGAUUACCUAUGUGAUUGAGCUGUCGGUUGAGGGGGAUAAGAUUGCCUUCAGUUUACCUGGGUCCGUUGCACCGUGGCGUAAGGAGGCUGCCAUCUCUCAAGUAUUACAGAAGGACGUUGCUACUUUAAAGGUCAAAGAUCAGUCAUCGAUUUCGUUCUCACUGGCAGUGUCUGUUGAGAUGGCCACGGAUAUCACAGCAAUACAAUCUACUACGCACCCCCUGAAGAUCAAACAAACUGCAACCAAGGCUGUCAUAACCCUACCCGAUGACUGUAAGAGUCUUGGGGAAGGUUUUCAGUUGUUAGUUGGUGUAACCGAUAUCCAUCGUCCUCGUAUGUGGGUCGAGCAACAUCCAGAGAACAAGGACAGUCAGGCCUGCAUGGUGACCUUCUACCCUGACUUUGAAGCCAGCAGUGUCGAGAAACCCGAGAUCGUCUUACUCCUAGACUGUUCCAAUUCCAUGAAAGGAGAACCUCUCAAGCAAGCCAAGAAGAUCCUCCUCCUCACCUUGCAUCACAUGGCUGAUGACUGCAUCUUCAAUGUUGUCACCUUUGGAACAGGCUUUGAGGAGCUGUUCGCUGGCAGCCAAGCCAAGACGGAGUCCUCCGUCCAAGCUGCGACGUCGUUCAUCAACCAGGCAUGUGCUACGCAGGGCAACACCGAUGCAUGGCGCCCUCUGCAGUCCUACUUUCUGCUGCGAUCCGAGGGACUUCAGAACCUCUUUCUGGUGUCCGAUGGUCAUAUCAACAAUGAGCAGUCUACUCUGGAUGCUAUAUCUCAAAACACACACUCGCGUAUCUUCACGUUUGGUAUCAGUUCCAGCUCGAACCGGCAUCUGUUGAAGGGCAUGGCAAGAGUUGGGCGUGGUGCUUUUGAGUUCUUCGACAACAAUGCAAAAUCAAAAUGGGAAUCCAAGGUGAAAGCUCAGUUGAGCAAGGCCAAACAGCCAUCGGUAUCAUCCCUUGAGGUCCAGUGGAAACAGCAUGAUAAUGACCCGCCAACUCCGGUCCAAGCCCCUCGUCAGCUGACAUCACUCUUUAAUGGCUCCAGACUGGUUGUGUAUGGCUUUGUACAGUACUGCACGGAGGCUUGUUUGAAGGCUAGCAUUGAUGGAGAGGAGGUGUCCACCAUGGUAUCAACACCAGAGCUCUGCAUCACAAAAGGACAGAUGUUACAUCGUUUGACGGCCCGUGCAGUGAUCAGAGACUGGGAGGACGGCACCUUAGACCCUGACAAGACCCACCAUGAGGCAAGGAAGAACCAGCAGAAGUCUUAUGUCAUCGAUCUUAGCAAGAAGUAUUCCAUCGUCACUCAACUCACCAGUUUCGUCGCCAUUGAAAAGAGAGAGAAGGGAGAGGACUUGAAGGGGAGAUCGGUGAGUUUGGUGAAGCUUGCUGAGAAAGAGGAUGUGGACUUUCUCUCCUACAUGGACUGGCAGAAGACUGUAAGAUUAGAUUCAGAUGAAGAUGUGGAUCCGAUGAGGAAGGUGGAGGACCUACUGGAACAGGCCAACAAGGAGAGCACAUUCUCAGUCUUGAAGGCAGAAGAAUAUUAUGAACAAGCGUUGGACAUAGCAACCGAUCAUUUACCAGACUCCACAGAAGUAUAUUUGAAGACUGCUUCUGCUCUCCAUGAGUUCCUGAGAAAUUCUAAACGGGAGUUGGAUAAGGCCGACCAACUGUCGAGGAAGGUCAAGAGAGCUCGCUGGAAUCAUGAAACAUUGAAAACUGACCAAAAACUUGUGGAGAUGAUGAGAGCAAUGUUUUCUCUACCUCAGGAGCAACAACAACAUGGUGCAAUCAUGGAGACAAUGUUAGAAGCAAAAGCUCUCUCUGCUGAUGAGGUUCUUUAUAAAGCAUCCAUAAUGAGAAAAGGACAUCCCCGACAGAUAUCAUCCGCAUGGGCAGGAAAAAAAGGAGUUCUAGGAAUGCCUUUAAGAAGAUAUUGUUCUAUUGGUGGUGCUCGUCCUCCAUCUGCUAUUGGUGGUCGUGGUGGAGGUAGGGGUGCUGGUGUUCCCCCACCUCCUCCUGAUGGCAUUUUUGCUCCAGGUGCUCCACCUCCACCACCUCCUGGUGUUUUUGCUGCUCCUCCACCUCCUCAAAGUGGGUUUUAUGCUCUGACUCCUUCUGAUGGCCGUCCUGCUGCUGCUCCUCUUACUGGUGGUGUUUGUGAUCCUCCUCCACCGCCUCCUGGUGUCUUCGCUGCUCCUCCACCUCCUCCUCCCCUAAGUGGCUUUCAUGCUCCUCCUCUUCCGCCUCCUUCUCGUGGCCGUUUUGCUGCACCUGCUCCUCCACCACCUACUGGUAGUGGUCUUCCUGCUGCUUCGGCUCCACAUUCACAUGAUGGUGCCAUGUUUGGUGCUCCUGUGUAUGGUGCUGUUCUUCCUCCUCCGUCACUUAAAGCUGCUAGUGCUCCUCAUCCGCCACCUCCACCUCUGAGUGAAGCCAUUGGUGCUCCACCUCCAACUCGACGCCGAGCUGCUAGAGCUCUUCCUCAAUCAAUGCCAGCACCACCUCCACGGAACUCUGGACAUACAGAUCUUGUAAAAUCCAUUGGUUUAAACAAGGGUGGGAAAGGUAGUCCCAAACCAAGAGGAACUUCGGAAUACCAGGACCUUGCUGGAGGUUUGGAGAGAAUAUCUGAUAAAGCUUCCAGUACAUAUGAAAGUAAUCUGUCUCUACUAGAUAUUAGGGCUGACUCGUUAAUGCAUGGGAGCUCAGUUCUGUCACAGAAACUUGCUACACAAAAACAAACAUUUGGAAAAGCCAUGCAGCAGCGCUCCCCUUCUGCAUAUUCACCAACUUCUCCACCAACUUCUCCAAUAUAUUUAGCAUAUUCUCCAACCUCUCCUGCAUAUUCUCCAGCUUCUCCUGCAUAUGCUCAAGUUUCUCGAGAUUUUGAUUCUUCUCAUCCUUCACUUGUUCAACAGGCCAUGCAGUCAGUACAAGUGUUUCCUUGUUCAUUGGGUUCGGGUGUUGAACCUGCCUCCCAACUGCAAAAAGUUAGUAACAAUGAAAAAGAUCAUAUUCAUCAAGGUAGUACAAUGUUAGCACCAUCUAUAGAUGUGGAAUUCUGUGGGUUUGGAGUGGAUGUUGAUGAUGAUUUAGCGGAAGAGAGAAGUGAAUGUGAAAGAGGUGUCAUUUUUCUUGAUAGUAAAAAUGAAAUUGGCAGAGAAAAGGUCUUUAAAGGUGGGGAUCUUGAUACUACUCAAAGCAAGAAACGUGAGACAAAGAAGCUUGACCGUGAGUCCAGAGAUAGUGGAAGUCUACAACAAAGGCCUCAAUUCCAAAGGUUUAAUGUUGCCAUGGAUACCACAGCUCAAGAUUUCAGUCAAGAAUUGUAUCCAAAUGGACGUCAACAUCUCCAAGGUAUGCUAGACAAAUCUGUGAGUGAUUCCACUGGAAAACCUCAGAGCCUGAAACUUGGAACUGGAACACAUGCACACCAUUCGAGAGUUACUGAGACGCCUUUUCAACCCGAUAAUUGGUGUGGACAGGAUCAGAAUGCUCCUGAGAGAUUAGAGCAACCAGAGGAAGUAUCCAAAACAUACCCGGAAUCCCCAAGCAAAUCUGCACAGGAAAUGGAAUCAUCAGAUAUGUCAUUGCUACAUCCAAAUCAUCAAGCCAACAAUGCCCUCUGCCCAAGACAAGGAAGCGAGCUUGAAAUUCCUGAUGUCAAUGGGCCUGCAUCACAAGAGCAGUCUACAAACAAUCAUGGAAGUACAGAACUGCCACCCACGAGCUUGCCUUUCCAGAUGUCGGGAAGAGUGUCUAAGCCCACAGUGGGUCUAUUUGGAUCUUCUUCACAAUCUGACAGGAUGUCCUUCAAGAAAUCUGAAUCAGCUCAACAACGUACUGCUCAAAUUUUUGGUGGUCAGUCACAAGGGUCACCUUUUUGUUUUCUGUCACAAAAAUCAGCUUCUAGCUCUGUUGGUACGCCAAACGAAUUUAGUUUCGGUGAUCAGUCACAAGGAACAGAUUUAGGUGGUCAGUCACACGGGUCACUUUUUGGUGCUCAGUCACAAAAGUCUGGAUUUGAUGGUCAGUCUAAUAGGUUCAGUUUUGGUGGUCAGUCACAAGGAACUGGUUUCAGGGAUCAAUCACAAGGGUCCCCUUUUAGUAGCCAAUCACAAGGGUCACUUUUUGGUAACCAGUCACAAGGGUCCCUUUUUGGUGGUCAGACACAAGGGUCACUUUUUGGUGGUCAGUUACAAAAGUCUGGGUUUGAUAAUCAGCCCCAAGAGUCCCCUUUUAGUAGCCCGUCACAAGGAACUGGUUUCAGUGGCCAGUCACAAGUGCCACUUUUUGGUGGUCCAUCAAAAGGAAUUGGUUUUGGUAGCCAGUUACAAGGGUCCCCUUUUAGUGGCCAGUCACAAGGGUCACUUUUUGGUGGUCAGUUACAAAAGUCUGGGUUUGAUAAUCAGCCACAAGAGUCCCCUUUUAGUAGCCCAUCACAAGGAACUGGUUUCAGUGGCCAGUCACAAGUGCCACUUUUUGGUGGUCCAUCCAAAGGAAUUGGUUUUGGUAGCCAGCCACAAGGGUCCCCUUUUAAUGUCCAGUCGCAAGGGUUCAGUUUUGGUAGUCAGUCACAAAUGCCUAGAUUUGAUAGACCAUCAAUAGGGUUAUUUUUUGGAAGUUCAACUUGUGCCAUAGCUCGGAUGCAUAGUGCUGUCUCGGGAGUGUCAGGGGUGUCCAGUCUUGAUGAAUCUCAAGGAUCUGUUUCCAGCAGUCAGCAUGAAGCAAAUGAUCAAGCUCAAAGUGCUGUAAGGGUAUCAAAUGGAUUCAGUUUCGGUGGUCAGUCCGAAGGAAGGGCUCGGACACAUAGUGAUGUUCCGCGAGUGUCUCAAGGAUUUAGUUUCAGCGAUCGGUCAAGGGCAGACAACUGGACACAUGCCAAUGCCCCGGUAGCAUCACAGGGCUUAGGAUUUGCCAGUCACUCCAUCGCCGAGACACAACUUCGAGAUUCUUUGCUAAGCUAUGAAGAAGAGAGGUUUCAGAGCACCAGACGUUCUGUGAAGACUACCCAGAGACAUGACGGAGAUACUAUUUAUUCAAAUGAAUUAGUUUUAACUAAAAAGCAUGAAGCAUCGGAAGAGAGAGAGGUGCACCGUGAGAAGGGGAGAGCAGCCAUAUUGUCUACAGCGAGAAUGAUGCCGGAGGAGAAGGCAAAGAAGAAGAAGAAGAAAGCAGUUUUACACAAACGAGAAGAGGAGCAAAAGAAAGGAGUUUUAUACGAACAAGAUGAUGUCUAUUGCUUGAUGGAAACUGGGAUGGAACUGAACCGUGAAAAGGGUGAUAAGGGACGUGAUAGAGACAGGGAGAAAGAGCAAAAAGAAGAAGAGGAAGUAUUAGAUGUAGAGUUUGGAGAUUUUACUACGAUGUGUGGAGAAAUAGUACUUGAAGAAGAAGAUGAUGAGUUUGGGUCGAUAGAUUUUUUGUGUAGUAUGGCUCCUGCUAUUGAAGGAAAGAAAGACAGUGUCCAAUCAGAUCUGUUGGGUGAUAGGAGACGCGAUAGAGACAAAGCCAAAAAGCAGAAAGAAGAAGAAGCACUAGAUGUACUGUUCGGAGAUUUAGAAGAAUGUUUUGAUGCUCUUGAGGAAGAAAGACACAAAGAAGAGGUUUAUUUGGCUCCUGCGAAGAGGAAGAAUGUCCAAUCAGAUUUGUUGAUAUUAGAAGGAGGAAGUUCAGAGGAAUCGGAUGAUGAUAUGGGGUAUGACUUAUUUGACGAGGAGGAGGGGACCGAGGAGGAGACCGAGGAGGAGGGGCGGGGUAAGAUGCGUCAGUUCUGGACAGGUAGGACAGUGGGAAGAAGUUUGAGAAUGUCACUCUCAAGGUCACGCUCAAGGUCACGUGCAAGGUCACGUUCAAGGUCUCCUUCAGAUGGAGAGGAAGUAACAGUUGAAGAAAUGACAUCUCGCGUCUACACCCGGCCGCAUGAGUUAGGGAUGUGGCAGAGGGCCUUGUGUACUGGAAACAUACCAGAGUCUUUCCCUGGAUGGACAACGGGGGAGCUCUCCGUUUUAAAGCAGGCCGUGAACGGUUACAUGAUGACCCUAGAACCUUUCGUGGUUCCUGUUAUAGUGGAGUCGUUACCGGACAAGGACACCCUGGAAUCCUUGCUUGUCCUGGAUCUGUUCAGUUGUGUAGACGAUCCAGAUGAUGAUGAUGAUGAUGCUAGUUCCAGUGAUGAAUGGGAGCCUGAACUGCAGUUAUUCUUUACUCUUGGUAAACAUGUAAGCUUUGUGAAACUGUUUGGCCUGCUCAAGAAUGCAGGCAUAUACUCACUUGGAGGGAAGAUUGGUGGCAAACUUCUGAGAGUGUUGAUGGUGUCUCUGGUCGUGUGUUGUGCCCAGAAACUAUCAUCUACCAAGCCCACCGAUCAUCUCAACCUCAACCAGCUUACCCACUACAUUCAACAUCUGGAGAUCGCACGAACAGAUUCCUGGAUUGAGGUUGCUUCUCGGAUGAUUGCAAACUGAUGAAGGUUGAGAUUGUGAUGGGCGGGAUUCCUGGAUUGAGGUUGCUUCUCGGAUGAUUGCAAACUGAUGAAGGUUGAGAUUGUGAUGGGCGGGAUUCCUGGAUUGAGGUUGC